CUGAGUCACGUGACAGUGACAGUUCCUGUAGCUGAUGUUUUACGUCGUAUUGAUAGCUUGUAGCAGAUUUUCCCUUAGCUAGUGUGUAACCGCCAAGAUCAUGUACGGGGCAGGUGGUCGUAAGGUUGCCCCGGCUUCAAGCUUAGUACCUGCCUGGGGUGUGUACAGGUUUAUUGGUUUGACCAUCUUUCUAAGUGCACUAACAGCAGCCCAGAGCCAACUCAGCUACUCGGAGCUGUGUGGGUACACAUGGGAUGCCGUAGAUACAGACAAAAAUGUGCACUACAAACUCAGCAUCUGCAGUAGCUUACCUGAUGAAGAGUGUGGAGGAACAAGUGCCAUUUGUGCAUAUAAUACUACAAGCAAAAGCAGGCACUCCAUAGGUGACUUUUCCUUAAGAAGCAUCUCUUCAUCUUUCAUUGUUUUCAACACAUCUGAGAUCUGCACAAGUUCAGACCAACAGCAAAAAGUUCAAACCAGCAUCAACUUCCUGUGUGGUAAAACUCUGGGGAGUCCAGAAUUUGUGACAGAAUCUGAAUGUGUAUACUACUUUGAAUGGAGAAGUUUUAUUGCUUGCAGAAAAGAUACUUUUAAACCAACCAUGGAGGUGCCAUGUUAUGCAUUUGACACAAGUGGAAAGAAGCAUGAUUUAAAUCCUCUUAUCAAGAUUUCUGGUGCUUACUUGGUGGAUGACUCCAACAGUGAUGUGGAUUUAUACAUCAAUGUUUGUAGAACUAUAGGUAAAUUGGACAAUGUUGCUUGCCCAACUGGGAGUGCUGCUUGUCUUACAAAAGGAAAUAAAGUCUUUAACAUUGGCAAGCCAAAUGACAGACUGAAAAUAACUGCAGAAAACAGACUAGUACUUACCUACACAUUGAAUGAUACCGGAAGUGUACCAAAGCCAGACUUCUGUGGACAGCAUACUCCUGCUGUAACCAUCACUUUCACAUGCCCUUCUAAAAGACAAGAGGGUUCAGAUCCAAAACUGACAGCAGACACAAACUGUCGUUAUGAGAUUGAUUGGAUCACUGAAUUUGCUUGUCAGAGGGAUUACCUGGAAAGUAACAACUGCAGCCUGACAAGUGAACAACACGAUUUUUCAGUUGACUUGUCACCACUCACGUUAAAACCUGCUGAUAAGCCUUAUUUAGUGAAAGCCAACGACGGUGAAAGUGCAGAUGAAUACUAUUACUACUUGAAUGUAUGUGGCGAAACUGCGGCUGGAGAGUGCAGUGAUGCUAAAGGAUUUAUUUCAUCAUGUCAAGUAAAGGCAACAGGCAAUUUGAAGAAAGCAGCUGGAAGAUACAAAAAUCAAACCCUAAGAUAUUCAGAUGGUGACCUUACAUUAACAUACCCUGGAGGUAGUACGUGUAGUUCUGGAUUUCAGCGAAUGACUGUCAUCAAUUUUGACUGCAAUGAAACAGCAGUUGAUGAUGGAAAAGGAGUGCCUGAAUUUGUUGGAGAAGUGGACUGUACUUAUUUCUUCAAAUGGGACACAAAAUAUGCCUGUGUAUAUGAGAAGGAUGCGUGCAUUGUAACUGAUGAAAGAAAACAUUAUGACCUUUCAACUUUAACGCGAUAUUCUGAAUCUGAUCGUGAUCGUAACUGGGAAGCUGUGGACAGUAAUCCAAUGAUAUCAGAACGGAAGAAUUUUUAUAUCAACGUCUGUAAUAAAGUACUACAGAAAGGAGGAGCAUUGGGGUGUCCUGAUUAUGCAGCUGUUUGUGCUGUUGAUGCUGUAAAUAAAAAAAUAAAUCUAGGGAGAUUUCUUUCUUCUCCAAAGAAAAGUGGAGCCAAUAUUCAGCUUGUUUAUUCUGGAGGAGAUGACUGUGGAAAUGGCAAGAAAAUCCAGUCUGUUAUUACACUGGUAUGCAGACCAGGUGACCUAGAAAGUGCUCCAUUGUUCACGAGCACUAGUUACGACCAGUGCUUGUACGAGUUUGAGUGGCAUACUGCGGCAGCUUGUGUUUUGUCUAAAACAGAAGGAGAUAACUGCAGGGUGUCUGAUGCGCAGGCAGGGUUUUCUUUUGACCUGUCUCCACUCAAGAGGAAGGAUGAGUACUACAAAAUUAACACUACAGAUUAUGACUUCUAUAUCAAUGUGUGUGGCAAUGUGUCUGAAACACAUUGUGAAAAGGAUUCUGCAAUUUGUCAAGUAUCCAAAAGUAGCCCUGGUGGUAUCUGGAACUUAGGACGCCCCAGUUCCAGGCUUGCUUACCAUGAUGGGAUGAUUCAAAUAAAAUAUCAGAAUGGGACCCCGUACAAUAAUCAGCAGCAUACACCACGAUCAAGUCUUAUAACUUUCUUGUGUGAUUGGGAUGCAGGGAUAGGUUUCCCUGAGUACCAGGUAGAAGAUAACCGCACAUACAAUUUCAGAUGGUACACGUCAUAUGCUUGCCCAGAAAUACCAAUAGAGUGUAUGGUAACUGACAGCAAAACCAAGAAGCAAUAUGAUUUAUCCAGUUUAUCCAAAUCCGAAGAAAAUGAGGGAGAAAACUGGGUUGUAAUGGACUCCUCAAAUUCACCAAAUCUGAAGAAGUAUUACAUAAAUGUAUGUCGUCCUUUGAAUCCUAUACUUGAAUGUGAUAAACGCGCGUCAGUGUGUCAAGCAAAGUACAUACCUGUUGAUGUUGAUGGUCCAAAAUUCAUUGAAAAUCAAGAAUGUUUAGUCACCUUUCUGUGGAAUACCAAGGCUGCCUGCCCAAUUACAACAGUAGAGGACAGAAAUCAAACUUGUUCUAUUCGGGAUCCAGACUCUGGCUUCCUAUAUAACCUGAAUGCACUUACUUCUGAGAAAGGAUAUGUUGUUACUGGCAAUGGUGUAACAUUCAAGCUGAACAUUUGUGGAUAUGUUAAAGAAUGUGGUACCGGUGAACAGAAAUUUGCAGGAUGUGAAAUAGAAAACAAUGAACCAACACGACAAGUUGGAGUGGAAAGAUCCUUAACGUUGUCCACAGAUGGUGAGGUAACACUGACUUACAGAGGGGCCUUAAAUCCCCAGUACGGGACCAGCAAUAGCUUUACUGUACAUUUUGUGUGCGACACUGAUUUGUACCCUGGAGAAUUGAAGUUUGUACGGGAAGAAAUCAGCAGUGUGUCUAAAAUCCAUGAUGCAUUCUUUGAUUUUAGUACUUCUUUGGUCUGUGCACCAGCCCCAGUGGACUGCCAAGUUACAGAUUCCUCUGGCAAUGAGUACGAUCUUAGUGCUCUUAGUAAAGAAAGUGAAGCAUGGGUUGCUGUGGAUACUUCUAAGGAUGCAGGGAAAAGAACAUUCUUUCUAAAUGUUUGCCGACCCCUUCCUUCAGUAACAGCUUGUCCGGGUGGUGCUAUAGGAUCUUGUGUAAAGUAUGCUGACAAAAGCCAGAACCUGGGAUACAUCCAGAUGAGUCCCCAGGCUGCACCCGAUGGGUCUCUCAGCAUUGUUUACCUUAAUGGAGACAAGUGUAAUGGUUCACAUUAUUCUACUCGAAUCAUCUUUCAAUGCGACAGAAACCCUGGUUCACCAGUAUUUCAAGCCCAGGAAGCAUGUGAAUUUGUUUUUACAUGGAGUACUCCUGAAGCCUGCCCUAUUCACAGAGCUGAAGGUGAUAACUGCACAGUAAAGCAUCCUAUGUUUGACUUUGUCUAUGACCUUCGACCUCUCUCUAAUCAGGCAGUAGAAGUUUCCACUGAAGAAUAUGAAUAUCAUUUCAGCGUGUGUGGAAAGUUAGAAAACACUUCUUGUAUUUCCAACCCUAACCAAAGACCGGUAGCAUCAUGCCAGGUGAAGAAGAUUGCAAAUACGGCAAAGAUAGCAGGACUUUAUACUCAGAACCUGACCUAUGAAAAUGGAGUAAUAAAGAUGAACUUAACAGGAGGAGAGAAAUGCCAUAAUGUUUAUAGCCGAUCAACUGCUGUAUUUUUCUUCUGUGAUCAUAGAGCACAUCAGGACCCCAAAUUCUUAAAAGAAACAGCUGAAUGCACAUAUGUGUUUGAAUGGCGUACUCCCUAUGCCUGUUUACCCUUCAAGUUAUUUGAGUGCUCUGUAAGGGAUGCAGAUGGAAAUGCAUAUGAUCUAUCACAGUUGUCUAGGUACCAAGACAACUGGGAGGCUGAACGGUUGGCUAGUGGAAUACCAAGAUACUACAUAAAUAUCUGUAAGCCCUUAGUCCCUCAAACAGGUCACUGGGCAUGUCCACCUACUGCUGCUGCUUGCCAAAUGAAUGGAUCCAGUUUUACAAGUCUUGGGGAGGCUUAUCAAGCUCCGGAAUGGAAAAAUGGCACUCUGAUCUUAAAAUACCAAAAUGGAGAUGCAUGUCCAGAUAAAAUACGCAGGAAGACAACUGUGAUACAUUUCAAGUGUGACAAAACCAAGACAGAUACUAACCCAGUUUUGACUAGUGCCAUUGAGGAUUGUGAGUAUUCUUUCUUUUGGUACACAGCUGCAGCGUGCCCUUUAAAAAGCAGCGUUCAUGGAGACUGCAGAGUGGCCAACCCUGUGACAGGCCAUAUGUUUGAUCUGAACCCCUUAAGAAAAAAUAAGUGGCAUGUUCGUAAUAGCAAAUCACUCGUUAAAAUUAAUGUCUGUGAUUCAGUUAAUUCCACCUUCUGUAAAGAGGAAAGUGGUGUCUGCAUUAUUUCCAACGGAAAUGCAAUAAAUGCUGGAAAGUUUACCACUCAGUUGGUAUAUACAGACCAGGUGCUUCAGUUAGUCUAUGCUGAUGGAGACCCGUGCGAGGGAAAUUCUAAUUUAAGGCAUAAGAGCAUUAUCAGCUUUGUAUGUAACCCUGAUUCUACUGACACCAACCCUGUACUUGUGUCUUCUGAUGAGAAAACCUGCACCCAUUAUUUUUCUUGGCACACUUCAUUAGCAUGUGAAAAACAAGUGAAGUGUUCUGUCCGAAAUGGUACUUCAGUCAUAGAUUUAAGCCCACUAGUGCGGAAGACAAGUUAUUACACAGCUGAUGAUGAGGAAAUGUCUGACAAAACACCAGAUUUCUAUAUUAGUAUCUGUCAACCUCUGAACCCCAUUCCUGGUGUUGUGUGCCCACCAGGUUCUUUUGUUUGCAUGGAUCCUGUGGAUGGUCUGCCUAUAAGCAUUGGCCGUAGCAGUGAACCACCCCAGAUUAAUUCCGCAAUUCAAGAAGUCUACAUCAGUUUCAACAGCACCACUCAAUGUUCAGAAAAUAAAGCUGUUAACUAUAGUUCUCUUGUUGUUUUCCAUUGUAACAAAGGUACAGACCUGGGAAGGCCAAAAAUGCUUCGACAGUCCUCCUGUUCAUAUGUGUUCGAGUGGGCAACCCCGGUGGUGUGCUCAGAUUUAGAGAGUACCUCUGGCUGCUCUUUGACAGAUGAACAACUUCAUUACACUUUCAAUUUAUCAGCUCUGACUGGUGGCCAGUAUCAGGUGUCUUCUGCCACUGGGUCUUACCAUAUUAAUGUCUGUGGUAAAGUGACAGAUGUUAAGGAGGGUUGUAAAGAUGCAGGAGUAUGCCUUGUGUCCGAAAGUAGCAAGUCAUCUUAUGGAAGCUUUAAGGCCAUGACACUGAGUUAUAUACAUCAAGAAGAUGCUGUAGUCUUGAAGUACGGAGGAGGAGACCAAUGCCCUCCCGUGACGGAUAAAGGGGAACUGUGCGUCUUGCCCUUCAUUUUCCAGAGUAAAACCUAUACCCAGUGUACCACUGAUGGAAGAACAGAUGGAAGGCUGUGGUGUGCCACAACUGCAAACUAUGACAAAGAUAAGAAAGAGGGAUUUUGUGGAAGUUCUACUGGAUAUCGGGGGUCCACCAUCAUCUUUAAGUGUGAUGAGAAAGCUGGCAAUGGAAAUCCCCAGUUGUUAAGUGAAACAUAUGGAUGUAGUAGCACAUUUGAAUGGAAGACUAAAGUUGUAUGCCCUCCCAAAAAAAUGAAUUGCAAGUUUGUCAGUAAGCACAAAACAUACGACUUAAGAAUGCUGUCAUCCUUAACAGGAUCGUGGAUUUUCUCCUAUGAUAAAUACUCCUACUACAUAAAUCUCUGCCAGAGUGUACAUUCGGGCCCCACAGGAUGUCGUUCCACAGCCAGUAUAUGCAGAAACAGGAAUGGCAAAACAGAUGUCUUGGGACUUAUUCACACUCAGACGAUAACUACUCAAGGUGACAAGAUAUUAAUCACUUAUUCUGGUGGUGACAAAGUAUGUCAAAAUGGACGUGAAGCAAAGACAGUAAUGCAGUUGAGUUGCUCAACAACAGUUGGAGUUCCCGCUCUGCAUCAUAUUGAUACCCUGAAUUGUACAUUUUACAUUGCAUGGGAGACUCGUGCUGCUUGUGCGGUGAAGCCACAGAAAGUUCAGAUGGUAAAUGGAACCAUAACCAUCCCAGCUACUCAGAAAGCCUUAAGUUUAGGAGAAGUUUAUUCAAAAUUGUCUCAAGCAUCAGGUGACAUAAGACCAAAUGGUGACAUCUAUGUGUAUGACAUUCAGCUCUCUGGGAUCACCAAUACCAAAGGUAUUUGUAAAUCAGCCAGCGUGUGUCAAGUUAAAGAUGACAAAAUUUUCACUAGGAAUGUUGGUUCCUCCAAUGAUGUGGCGUACUACAUACUUGAUGAUGAUUUGGAUGUGGAAUUUUCUUCAGGCUCUCAGUGUGGCCGAGAUAAGACCAAGACAACAUCUUCAACAAUCUUUUUCCGUUGCAGCCAAUCAGUAGGAGUUGGCAAGCCAGAGUUCAUCCAUGAAACAGAUGACUGCCAGUAUUUGUUUAGCUGGUACACCGAUGUUAUCUGCCCUCUUAUACCAGAAUUUAUUGGGAAAGAUGAUAAAUUGCCAGGUGAAGAAGGCUUGUCUGGGCGAAGUCAAGCUGUUGGAGCAGUGCUGAGUCUCCUACUGGUCGUACUGACUGUGUGCUUAGCUAUCUUACUACUCUACAAACAAGAACGAAGGGAAUAUGUACUGCACAAGAUAUCUAGCUGCUGCAGGAGGAGUCCGCAUGUGUCCUACAAGUAUUCUAAGAUAAAUACUGAAGAAGAUGGAGAAAAUGAGACGGACUGGCUUAUGGAGGACAUCACCUCACCAGGUGCCCAACCUGGUAAAGAGGGACAGGAAAAUGGUCACAUGACUACAAAACCUGUCAACUCUGAAUUGCUUUCCUCUUUCCAGCUGGAUGAACAAGAUAGUGAAGACGAGCUUCUGACUGUUCCUGAUGUAAAAAUUAAUUCAGCAAAGAAGCAGGAUGUCAGAAGCACAAACAAGAAAAGUACUCAGAAAAAAUCACCUCAGAGUGGGAAUGAAGAUAUUACUAGCUUAUUAAAUGGAGAGAGGCAAAAGAAAGGAAAACUGCCAAACAGACAACAGAAGAUGCACAACAAAGUUAAUGUGGCAUCAUUCCAUGAUGACAGUGAUGAAGAUAUGCUAAAUCUUUAACAGUUCCUUUAUGUGCCUACUCACUGGUGGAGCAACGAGACAUUUCCUCCAAAUCUAGGGACUUUGCAUGUCAGAAACAUGGAAAAUAUGUUUCUGUCACACAGUUUCUUAUUAUUUGCCAAUUUUUAUUUCAGAAGUGAAGGGAAUAUGAUGUGUAAACCAUUCCUGGUUGUUUACAAUGAAAUAUAAAUUAAGGCUGAUGAUUCAUGCACUAAUGUGCAUUUAAAUGACUAAAGUUCACGAUGCACAUGGCCUUUAUCUCUGUCUCCUUAUAGGCUCUAAAUACUUGUGGGUACUGUAGAAAAAUGUGAGUCCGGAAUGUUUUCUGUACCGAACUGUAUUAAGUGAAAAUGUAUUAUUCGAGGCCAUUUGAGUUUUAUAACUUCACUUACUUCUCCUUAUUUAUUAAAGAAAAAAAACUCAGGUUUACUUGUUGAUAAAGUCCUUUUUAUAGCAUUGUGAUAUUAACAGUGUCUACAAUGUAUGACAUACAGUCUUUACAAUAAUUAAAAGGAAGCGGAAGGUAAAAUAAUUCACAUGUUAUUUGCCUGGACAGUCGGGCAACUGCUGAGUGCCCCGUUUAUUUGAGAACGAUAAAGCUGGAGACGAACUUGUAUUUAUUAAGACAUCAAGCAAUGCUGCCAAAGAUUUAUUUAAGUUACAGCUACAGCUUGUAUAAAGAUGGGAAAGAUAUUCAGUAUACAGUGCAUAUGUUAUUUUUGGCAAGUAAUGUGUGCUUUUAAUUUAAUGUUAAAAUGACAGCAUCAGUGGUCUCUAGUAAAAGGCAUUGUGAGAUCAAUCAUUAAUUCCUUUGAAAGACAAAUCAGAAUAUUGAGUGGUCAAACUGUGUGCAGCUGUUAUUUCACAGAGGAGUUGUCCUUUCCUGAGCAGCAAGAAUUUCAAGAUGUGUGGAAAAUGCCCCCCCAACCCACCCACACACACACACACACACACACAAAAAUAAAUGUAGCAAAAGACAGCUUAAAUGAUAGGAUCAGCUAAUGUUUCCCUUACUUUGAAAUUAAGUUCUGGCAGUCUGUAGAAGUUGUAGAGUGCACUGUUUGACAGAAGGUUGCAGUGCCAUUUCUUAACCUUUGAAGUAUUUUUCAGUAUCAUUUUAACAAAGAUAGAUGUGUACAUAAAACACUGCUCUAGUGUAAGGCACUCAUUAACUAAACGUAUUAAUCAUUAUAAACUAGUAUUUUGUACAACCAUCAAAUUAUUAGUGUAUUAAAUCUCAACGGAGAUGACUUAAAAUCAGCUGGCAGGGCUCUCUACAAGUUUUUUGCUGCCAUUUAUAUUAUGUUCUGCAUGACAAAUCAGAAAAUUCAAUUCUGUAUAAUUUCUCUUUAAAAGAAGUUAAUUCAUUCAUUUUAAGGACACUUUUUUUCUUUUUUUAUGUAACUGGUGUAGAAACUGUUUCUUAGGGGAUAAUGUAUGUCCAAUAAGCUCACCAAAUUACCUGUCACUGUUGCCAAGACAACAUUUAAAUACAUUUUCUCCAUUUAAAUCUAACAUUCAUUUAGCAUCGUGAUGUAAGUUUCCACGACCAGCAAUUCCUUAAUUUGUUUCUCUCUUUUUCUGGUAACAUGUAGUUGAGUCACACCAUGUGAUACACCAGUCAGCAAUCUUCUAGCUUCUCAGUAGCACAUAAUUUAAAUAAGUUUUGCAGUUUAUGGCCACUAAAUGCCAGUGAUUACCCAUACUUGACUGCAGCAUUCUGAAUUUAAACAUAAACAUAACAAAAUGUAUGAAUUUCCGAUUAAGGAAAUAUCUUAAUCUAUGCAUUAAACUAUAAUUUAGCCUUGUAAUUUUUAAACUGUACAUUUUGCCACCAGUACUAGCUAAACACUGUCACUGUCAAUAUCAUAGGGUUCAUAGGUCAAUAGUUAGCCUUAUGGACUUACUAACCUUCAAGAAGCUUGAUUGUCAUAAACCAGUAUUGAUAUUGUGUACCUUAUGUUUGCAUUUUGGGACUAUUUUUGAAGGAAGUUGAUGACUGACCAAUGUCUCAAUAUAAGGGAAAACUUGUUUCAUAAUCUUAGAAAGUGUUUAAUAUAUCUGUCACAUUUUUUCAUUAUCAAUAUUUAGUUUUAGUAGUUAGGGAUCUUGCAAGUAAAAUGGGAAACGUGAUGGCCAAGAGGGCAGGAGCAAAAAAAAAAAUAAUAAUAGAACCUUUUAUUAAAUCUGUUGCCGGAUUUGUUUUUUUGUGCACCUUAGCAAUUUUUUUUGCUCUGCUCUUUAAGGACUGUGUUCUGUCUUGUUUUAAAAAAAAGUUUGUGACAUUUACUUCAAUGUUAGUUUUUCUUCCUGUCAGCAGUUGCUGGUCUGUUUUAGCUCUUUGUUGACUGCAGCAUUGUUGAAACACACUAUACUGCUGUUAAAUUUUCCAUUGUGUAUUGGUUGUUUAGUGUUUUGCUGACUAGCAGUUACAGAUGGUAAAGAUUUAGAAAAAUAUUCCAAAUGUGAGCAUAAAAUUCAUCCCUCAAGACAGGCACACCUAUUAUUAAGUCUGUCUUUAAGGAGAGCAUUAUAUCAAAUAUAUUUGUGAGACCUUUGAUUCUAGAACUCUGACAGACAGGAAAAUGAAGCUAGUUUUUUUCCUCGUGUACACUCUUGACCAGAAGGGUUUGCUUCCUGUACUGCUUCUCAAAUGUCAACUCCUUCCCUACCCAGGUCUGAGAGGUAUUCUAGCAGAUCUCAUGGAAUCAAGGACAAGGAUAAGAGUUAAGAAUAAGAAACAGAGGCAUAGGGAGGAUAGGUCAGUAUCUUCCAAGGACAUUUCCACAGCACAAUUAUAACAACACAGUGGAAGAGCCCUCUUUCUCAGCUGUUCUUCCAAUACAUAUUUCAAAACUUCCAGGCAUAGUUGUGGCUAGACGUACUAGGGUAGGGUAGUGGACUUACUAGGUUAGGGUAGUGUAGAGUCAGUAUUUGAGACUGAGCUUUUGAGAUAUUUUCCCUGCUAUCCAUUGCCAACCAAGUCAUUAUUUUCCUUCCUUUCUUAGCCACUGUAUUGUGGUGGAUAUGCACUAUAUGGUGAUGUAGAAGGCUUGACUAAAAUUGUAGCAGGCAGCUGUCUUCUCCAUCCCCCUCUGGUAUGAGACUGAAUGAUAGAAGCACAUCUUUGUUGCUGCCUUUCUCAGCUGCUUCUUCCAAGUUGUCCACACUGGCCUCUGUCACACAGCAAUACUGAUGAGACUGGUUAGUACUCCUGCAGGUGUCAGCAUUGGCAUUAGCAGAAGUGUUAAGGCCAGUAUGGUUUCAGAUUUAGGAUUAUCGCCAUUCAGUCUGAUGCCUUCUAAUUUUGGUGGCAUUGAAGCUGACGCUUUCAACAUUAUUGGACAGUCAGUGAUGAGCCUGAUGCUGACAUUUGCAUCUGCACUGAUGGGUUUCACCCUUGAGCACACUGCAUCAUUGCUCUUAGGCCUGAGUUUGGCUUUGACAUUGAUUUACUCUUCGAUAUUGCAGGCUCUUCAGGUGUUCACCAUGACACCUGCAGCUGUAUCAACUUCAACCCAAGACCCAUGUGCUCCAUCUGGGCAGCAGGACAGAAGAUUUGAUAGCAAUUGGUGCAUACCUUUCAACUAACCCUGAAUUUGCUCAUGUUUUAUCCUGCCUCAUGUAAAGUUUUUGAUUGGUAAGUCACCAAAGAUUACAUUCGGUCAGUAAUGCCAGGCAGUACAGUCUUAUUGUUCAGAAAAUACAUGCUGAUGCAAAAUCUGUUGUUCCGUUUACUUUUAAGUGAUUUAGAAUAAUAGGACACAAAAGACGCUCUCCGGUGGUUUUGGUGUUAUGAUUUAGAGUAAUAUUUAAAGAUUGCUCCUGAUUUUGGACCUUUGUCUUACCAUUACUUUGGGGGUGUUCCUGAUUCUUCAGCAAGUUGCAGGCCAUGAAUGAAUGAGAUUGUUCUCAUUUAUUUCAGAAUUGUCCAGCUUUUACCUUCUCUGAAUCUUUCUCAUGAGGAGAGGCAGGAAGCAAACUGACUUCCUGUUGGAAUUUUCUACCCUAGGUACAGAUAAAAGUAAUUACAACUGUCCCUAAGUAUGAUCCCAAAUUUGGAGAGAUCCUUCAAAUGGUAAUCCAGAGGGGUGAGGGACCCAUUGAACCCCAUAAUAUCUCUUCAAAGGAUCCUGCAUGAGGCUUUUCAGUCCCAUUGCCUUCUUUCUAGGUUGCUGUUCCUGCCAACAUGGUGAUUGCUCUUGUCGGGGAGGCAUGGAAAGAAAGAAGUAGAUGUGGUGGCAUGUGUUCUUAGGAGGUCAGACAAGACCCUCUGCAACUCCCCAGGAUUGGGGGUAUUGGAUUAGACUUCUGUAGUUGUCUCUGUAAUCAAUGUUGCAUCCCUUAAGGCUCCUCCUCCUGCAAAAUUCUGCUUAGCAUCCCUCCAGUGUAAAGUCUAAGGUAGUGAGGAAUUUAGGGAAGCAGUUAUGUAUCCUCUACAUUUACAUUAAGGGUGCAAAGCUACUUGUCCGAAAUAUUAGGCUGACAGUAAGAACUUAAUGAUAAUGCAUCUGAGUCACUGGAAGAACUGCUGGAGGUUAAUCCUCAAACUAAUAUGCAUUCACAGGUGGCAGUGAUGGAAUCUUUAUAUGAUCUCACCAUUCAUUUGGCACAUAACUCCAUGGAUGCUGCAUUGAGAGCAGUAGAUGUCAGUGCAGUUCUCUGCCAUCAUGCUUGGCUGUGCUUGAAAAUUAUUCUUAAAUAUUCUAAGGCAACCUUCCUUACCAUCCCUAUAAUGGUUCCACCAUUUCAGACCAAAUAUUAAGAGAAAAAACUAGGGUCAUGGAAAAAAGGAAAACCCUCAUUUUAGCUGACCCUUUGGUGCUUGCGCAAGGUAUCCACCUGUAAUUCUAGUAAACCAGGAUCAAUUAGCUACCUGAGAAGCUGGAAGGCCACAGGUGGGGUGCGGGGUCUAGGUUUAAGCAGCCAACAGACGUCUCAACUACCUUGCAGGAAUGAAGGAAUGAUGUGUGAAGGCUGGAGAGCUGUACUAGUGUCACACAGGCAUGUGGGGCAGGAAUGCCCAUACAUGUGUGCAUCAUUGCAUACCUCUCCUCUCAAGGGAAUGGUUAAGUCAUUCAAAAAUCCCUGAGGUUAUGAGUGAAUGGUCCUAGAUAAGGACACUUCAAUCUUCUCUACCACUCCCCUGAAGAUGAAUCAAUGUUUUGUCAUCUAUAAAUCCUGUGCAGGGGGGAGGAUAAACCAGGCAAUCUAGAGGAAGAUUGGGGGAAAGGAAAGAUGAACCCUUGCAAAUGGCCAUUCUGACAAAAGGGUGUCAAAAAGAAAUUUCACACUCCACUUUGGUUCUUCCCUAGGGAAACAGCAGUUUAAUCCCUGAGGCUGGUUGGCUAGUCAUCGUGCUAGACAGAUGGAUUCAUACAAUAUUACAGAGAAAAUAUACUCCCUUCCAUUGUUUGAUAUUACAGCCCAUCGAAAGAGGUAGGCAGGAAGGGUGGUCUUAAACCUGUAAAAACAACAGAGCCUAUCCAACGGUUUCCACCAGAGCAGUGAGGAUCUAGUUAUUACUUCAGAUUUUUUUUGGUUACAAAGAAGCAAAUUACCUCAGAACCUUACUAGAUUUAAGUAGUCACAACAAAUUUUACCAAGCUAAAGUACUUGGUGGUUUUGGUACAGUCAGCCCCUUACCUUUCAGUCUGAAGAAGACUAGAUAUACUCCAUGGACUGUCAAGAUCUCUGCAUCCACAUAAAGAUCAUUACAGAGUCCACGAGGUGUCUUGUGUCUCCAUGUAAGAGCCAGUCAGUUUUAGUCUCCUCUAUUUUGUCUUGCUUCACUUCUCCAGGGUGGUUCCAGUGCAUGGUCUGUAUUUGCAGUGAGCCAGAAGUUGAUUCAAUGCAUUUUCUUGCCUGAUAGACUGACUCCUAAAUGAUGCGACUGCAAAGUAGUGAGUGGUAAUACAAGAGUCUCUUCAGUGUUUCAGUCCUCAAGAAUUAUGAUAAACACCUCAGAUUUCAAGAUGUACCCAUCACAGAUGUUCACACUCAGAGAAUGCUGCCUGGAUAAUUUGUCAUGCAAGGUCUACAAAGUCUCCAUUGCUACCAUCUCUGAAAGUCACAGCAGCACUUUAUUUCAGUUACAAGUGUCAUGGUAGUGACAGUAUAAAUGGUUAUCAAAGCAGACAGUCAAAGGUUCAUGGUCAUUGUGAGAGACCAGUAUGCACAUCUAAGUUCUGGAGAUAAAGAGGAGAAGGAACGGUUGACAUAAUGGUUAAGGUGUUUACCUUACAGACAGAAGGUACAGGGUUCAAUUCUCACCUUUGAUGAGAAUUGACUAGGCUUAAAAUGGCCCACAAGGGCAGCUAGCCUAGUAUUUACCUAUGGACCUCAAGCCACAGGUCUUUCAUUAGCCACUCACCACUUAUGGUGCAUUAACCAUACACGCUAUUUAUAGAGCCAUGGUAUGGUAAGUAAACAAACAGAAAACAAUUUGUUCUUAUCCCCUAUGUUAAGUUAGGGUAUGGGACUCUACUGUGUCAGUCAAUCAGUUUCUUAUAACCACUCUUAUUCCUGAGGAGACCAGUUUUCUACUGGAUAGGAUCAGUCAUUGCCUGUUAAUGCCAGUUGUGUGGUGCCUUAACUUGUCAAUAGCAUGGAAUAUUUUCCAUUGCUGCAGAAGGCCCUGCUGUAACCUGAUUGCAUCUCUGAGAAGCACCACAUUGGUCAAAUUCUAAUUCCUGAUCCCUCUUUAUGAUCCAUUUCCCAGGAAUGCUCCUGUCUAGAAAUGGCUGUUCAGAUCCCUUCAUACUCUCCUUCAUUUGUACUUAUCCUGAAUUCCAUCAAUAAAGUCAAGCAGAAGUCCAGAGUCUUACUCAUAGCCUCAUUCUGGCCUCAACAAUUCAGCAAAUGUGGCUCUGUUUUGGCCUCAUCUUUUGGAAAAGUCUCUGUCUCUAAAGCCCUUCAGAACCCUGUUGAUUCAUCUAUCUGGUAAACCUCAUCUUGAGCAUUGCUGUUUGCUUUAACCACAUGGUUAUUCCAGUUCCAGUAAUGACUAGAGGUGAUUCUUGCCCUCCUAGUGUCAUCCAGAGGUCCAGCACCAGGAAAAGGUGAGAGUUGCUAGACAUACUUUUCUAUUUGGGCUGCUUCUAAAGGAUUAGAUCCCUCAUCAACUCCAGUGCCAGCUUUUCUGGAUUACUUCUCUCAAAUCUCUGACACAUUCAUAAGUUAUUUAUCAGUUAAGGUUUACCUUGCUAUCAUUUCUAACUUCAUAAAGGAUUCCAUAACUCUGCUUGUUUCCUUAAAAGGUCUGCAAAGUUCUUUUCAAGGGUGCAUUCCAGAUUAGACAUUUAUUUAAAGACCUGGCUCUUCCAUGGGAUAUGUUCCUUAUACCUUGAAAAAUUUAUUUUACUUCCUUUACAACCUGCUCCUAAACUGUACUUAAAAUACAUGUCCUGGAAGACUGUUUUGCUAGUGACUAUUACCUAGAAUUAUUUCUGGACCACAGACCUUAUGUUUGAAACCCUCAAAAAUCAUUGUAAGCAAGCCUUUCCUUCAUGCCAAAAUAGGCAUGGAAACAAACUGUAAUCAGCCAUUAAUUUGCCUGCUUUUUUUGCAUACUAUUCCAGCAGAAAUUAAUACCUGCUAAACUGUAUAGAUGUGCACGGGCAGCUAAUAUUUUGUUUGGACAGAACUAAAUCAGUCAGAAAAGAUGCCCAAUUAUUUAAUUUCCUUCCAAAAAUUGGUCUACAAAGUUUUGAAGUUCACUAUCUGCAGAUGGCUUUCUAACUGCAUUAAAUUUGUUAUGAAACGCACAAAAAAUUACUGCUUUGCCCUUUCACAUUUAGCCAGAGCAAUGACUACCUCUCAGGCCUUUUUUAGAAAUGCAUCCUUGGAUAUUUUUUCAGCUGCUGCAUGGGCUUCUCUGAAUAUUUUUAUAAGGCCGUGUGAGUUGGAUGUGGCCUGUAUUACUUUGUCCUCCUUUUUUUGCCACAGUUAUCCAAGGUACAAUUUCCAGUAGGUCCACCCAGCAGGAAAGCUAGGGACGCUUUCCUGCUUGUUAACAUGGAUGGAUCUCCACCUACUUUACUGUCAGUUUAUCCUCAUUAACAUGCCUGCCUUCUCCCCGUACCUCUCAGCUGUCCCUUAUUUUGAGUUAAAUUUUAGCUCUGUCCCUUUUAAUCCCUCCAAAAAACAGAGACUUUGGAGAAAAUGUGCAUUACACUUUAAUAAAGACAAUAAUUAGAUGUACAUCUUUUGCUUCAGAAAAUGUAUAAUAAUUUGCAUACCUCAUGUUAAUAGUGCUAAUAUUUUAAGUGUCCCUAUUUCAGGGUUUGUCCCUAAUUCUGUUGAGAUCUGUCCCCAAUUCAUUGAGAGCUAUGCCUCCCCAGAUCCCCAGUAAGCAUGGUGUAGGUGGUUACUAGUCUGUAGUUUUUUACUGAUGUGCUUUACUUUCAAGUAUCACACAUGGGAGGAGCUGUAUUAGAAGCUUUAGGGGGUAAAGGGGAGGAGCUGUAGCGUAUGUUGGCAAAGCCUGCAGUUACAGUCCUGCUCGUUAAUGUAUAUGGAAUGACUCUCUGAACACAUAUACUAACUCCAAGAUUGCCAUGCCUUGCAGAAAAGGAAAUAUUCUGAGUAAUGUCUAUCUCUGACUUAGUAUAUCUAAGUCCGUUAUUUCGGACAUUCAGUCUCAGCUUUACAGGAUCCACUGUAGUGGGUGCUGGCAUUUGAAAUGGUUUACCACUUUCUGUCCUUCAUUCUGAGUAUGACUGCAUGAGGGUAACAUAUGUAAUAUGCACAUGCUUCCACACAAUUUUGCAAGGAUCUAUUAAUUCUGCUGAGCAACUUACAGCCUUCACUGGAGUGUUUGCAGCUUGACUUACUCUAAGUGGAUUUUUGAUCAAAUUAGACUAUGGCUGUUGUAAUAAUGUUCAGAUGAGGAAAGGAUAAAAACUGCACUAUUCUAACUAUGAUUGCUGUAUUUUAGCAACUUUUAUAUGUCAGCAAUCUAUAUCACAUGAACUUUUAUAUCAAUAUGCUUGUUUUAAUCUUAAUUAUUUGUAGAAUUUCUACAAGGAAUCAUGUCUACUUAGAAUACAGUGUUGACAUCCAAAAUGAGCAGAGUAGGACUAAAAGGUGGUACUACUUACUAAGCAAUGAGUUUUUUUUUUAAUACCACUUAGUUUAAAGUAAAUGGGAAACGGUCUGCUAAAAUGACUGCAUUUCUGCUCUAGAGAUAAAUGGUUCCUGAAACGUCUUGCUGAUAGAUUGUGUUUGCAGUUGUUUUCCUAAUGUUUCAUAUUUUGGAGUAUGAGAAAUUGGUUGUGCAGUGUUGUCCUCUUGGGUAGUACUUUUGCAGUCUAGUUUAACAAAUAGCUUUGUUUCAUAAACACUUGGAAGCUGAGUCGUGAUCCAACUAAACUGUAAAUUUCAGCUGUUCCGUACCAGAUUAUUCUUAGAGUUUCCCUUUGUCUGUUUUUCUUUUAUAGGGUUUGCUUUACACUGGAUUCAGCUCUAGUAAAAGAGUGGAUGACGUAUAGAUCCCCAGAUCUGAAUACUUAAGACACCUUGUAUGCACUGGCAUUCAGUGAAGAUUACAGAUGCAUUGUAUAGUAGCCUUAAUUUGCACAAUGAAUACCUGUAUUAGACCAAAUAACUGUGGUACUGCAUGAAUAGUGAGAAAAUAUUACACAAGAACAUCAGAUCUUUAUUCAUUCUGAUGUCUGACAGUCAGCCAUUUAAAAUAGUUUUACUGUAUUUUAUCACAUGUGCUGAAGCCAUAUACUGGCAUUUGCCCUACUGCUUUUGCCAGUAUUGGAAUUGGCUACAUCUUCCUCUUAAGAUCAUCACAAAUUAAGAGUAUGGUUAUGUUCUGCUGGUUUCUUCCAGAUUACUUCAAUACAGUACAGAUGUGGUGGUACAUUGUUAAAAUGACAUUUGUUUGUGAUUUAUGUAUUCUUGUGGGGUUGACAGGUAUUUGAGUUUAUCAUUUCAGAGGUACUGUAUAUACUGUUUUUGAUUUGGUGUUUUGUUUCAUUUUGAUCAGCCUGAUGUAAUAUAAAGUAUUUCAUAUUUCAAUAAAAUGAAAUAAAUUAUUGAAGCUUU